ACUCUUACAGCGAAGACGAUGAUUCAAUGCAACCAAGCAGUACAAAACCCCGAAAUGGUAAAAAUACGAGACUCAUAAAACUUGGAUGGUUUCACUACAAUGAAACAUUCAAGGAACCGAAGCAAGUACGAGCAAUUAACGGAGGCGGUAGUAGAGAUGUUCGCGUACCUAAAUAUUACAAUAAACAAGACAUCAUUGACAAAGGAUGCAAUCUAUUUUUCCCUAACGGUACAUCUUCAAAAGGACUAAAGUUGUCCGAUAUGAACACUACCCUAUUAGACUUUUGUGCUAAAGAACUAGAGGAUGAAGUAAUGACCAUUGAACAAAUGUUUCAAACUGCUAAAAUAACGCGACUCCACCUGUAUUUGUGCACUACUCCAAAGAAAAGAAAGGAAGUAUGUGAGACUGUCACAAGUGAAACUGCGGAUACAAGGGGCACCAGCGACACAAUGUAUGGGGAAGUACCAACACAACUUUCUUCUGACCUUACGGAAUUCCAGUGCAGUUACAACAUUGAAGAUUUCCUUUGUUUACCACCGGAUGCAGUGGUUGCAAACGACAGGUUGUUAGCAACACAAAUACAAAACGAAGAGAACGACGGUUUCAUUUUGUCAUUGGAACAGAAUACUGAGAAUACACCUGUUACUCCUGUGAGUCCAACAGCCGAUAUCUCGAUUUGUCUUCAUAGAGGACGGGUAUUUGAAGAGCUAAUAAAUAUAUUUCUGGAGAGAAGAAUGGUCGGUAGUAAAAUACAUGUAACUCUCAUGCUCCCCAAUGGUGAAUUGGAGUGUGCCGAAGAUUUGGGUGGGGUAUGGAGGGAUGCACUUAGCGAGUUUUGGAAUUCCAUGUAUGAAAAAUGCACAAUCGGUACAAACAUUAAAGUUCCCCAACUAAGACACGAUUUUGGAGUAGAAAAAUGAUUAUCGAAAUGUUUCAUGGAAUACACAAUUUUCAAACAAUGUUCUGGAGACGUAACUACCGAUUUUUUUGGUUACAUUAGCGAAGACGACAAAACAGUAUUCCGUGAGGCAAUUGGCCAUUUUGAGUCGAUUCCUACGGACGAACUCCUUGAUGUGUUAGGUCGUUACGAUUGUAAAACUCUGGCGAAAGAAGAUAAUAUUAAACAAAUCAUUGACGAACUAGCCCACCAAGAAAUUCUUCAGAAGUCUGCUUUCAUAUCUGAUUGCUUUAAUAAAGUCCUAGUAAAUUUGGUAGAUGUCAACGAAUUUAAUGAAAUUUAUAGAACUAGCAAUCCAACAUCUAGAAACAUACUAGCAGCUUUGUUAUAUGAUGACAACUUGUCCGAGGAAGCAGAAAAAGUAUCUGCUAUGUUAAAGAGAUAUAUACGUGAGGCUCCUGAGAAUAUUCGUAUGGCUUUUCUAAGGUUUGCAACGGGGGCUGACAUCCUUUUGGGUAAUAAAAUAAAAAUUAUAUUUUCCAAAUCUGAUGGUUUCAGCCGUCGACCGAUUGCCCAUACAUGCACAAAUACUUUAGAAGUUCCCGAUUGUUAUGAUAAU